AUGCAGGAUCAGCAGUCCUGCAUUGUACUGGAGGCCAGCCACGAUGCCAACCCACAACGUGGAGCACUGGCGGUCGGAGGAGUGAGAAAUAAGGGGAUUAAGGACCUCGUUGUGCUGAUCGCCUGUGUAACCGGCACUUCAGUGGGCUUUGUGACAGCUGUAAGCAGGAAGCGCUUUGAGUACAGCGCUUCCAGCCUCGCUGAUCAGACUACCUUACACACCACCUAUACAGGCUGCUACAAGCCAUCCAGAUCACUUGUACAAAAUGAGCGUUGCCUGCUCAUCAUCAUCAUCAGCCAUGAUCUUAAUAUAACCACUUCUGGACCAGGAGUUAAAUGUCUUCAACAUGGCACACAGUGGGCACAAUCUAAGUGUACCAUGUGCACGUGUAAGCAUGGCAAGGUAUCAUGUGCCUCCAAACCUUGUCCCAAGACGCAGUGCAAAGAAGGAGAAAUGGAAGUCGUGGCUCCAGGAGAAUGCUGCCCUAUAUGUUAUGGGACAGGAGAAUCCUGCUCUCUUAAUGGCCAUGUGAUGAAGGAUGGAGAGGAAUGGAAGCUGAGUCAGUGUUCUAAAUGUACCUGCAAGAAUGGGGUGACUCAGUGCUUCACAGCAGACUGUCUACCCAUGCUGUGUAAUAAGGAUGAAGUUUUGGCUGUCGUUCCUGGAAAGUGUUGUCCCGAGUGCCUUCCAAAGUCUUGUACUGUGGCUGGAAAGAUAUAUGAGCACGGUGCACAGUGGAAGAGAAGUCCUUGUUCUACCUGUAUUUGUGAUAAAGGAGAGGUCAAGUGCCACACUAAGUCCUGUUCGUCACUUACAUGUAACAAGGGCCAAGCCAAAAUAAAGCAAACAGAUCAGUGCUGUGAGGAAUGUGUGUCCACAAAAGGAAGCUGCACAGUGGAUGGAUCUGUCAGGUACCAUGGAGAGCUCUGGAAUGGAAGUCACUGUGACUACUGCUUGUGUGACCGAGGAAAAGUUCUUUGCUAUCCAGCACAGUGUUCCAAAGUGGAGUGCUCAUGGGGUGAAGAAUUAGUCCAUUUUGAGGGCAAAUGCUGUCCAGAAUGUGUAUUGAGCACUAGCUACUGCCUCCACAAAGAGCAUGAGAAAGAGGAAUCUCCUUCAGAUUUGAGUGGAGUUAAACAUUUGAUGAAUGGAGAGAAGUGGAAAGAAGGCCCAUGCACUGAAUGUGAGUGUCAGAAUAGUCAGGUGACCUGCUUUUCUCCGUCUUGUCCCACUUGCCCUGUUGGAACUCUAGCAGUGAACGUUGAAGGCCAGUGCUGUCCAGAAUGCAAGCCAGAGCCAUGUAGCCCAAACUGUUUAACCUGCUCUCAGUCUGCUGACCACUGUGACAUGUGCCAUGAUGAAGCUCUCUUUCUGCAGAUGGGUCGCUGCGUGCACAGCUGUGACCCUGGAUUCUAUCUAGAUGGCAAAACAUGCCUGGCUUGUAAAGAUACAUGUUCCAGCUGUAGCAAUGGAUUUGAGUGCACAGCCUGUACCGGAUCUCUGUUGCUGAAGGGAGGACAGUGUGUAUCAUCAUGUGGACCAGGAUACUUCCAAAGCCAUCUUGUUUGUUCAGCAUGUCAUGAAACCUGCUCAGAGUGCCAUGGGGCUUCAGAAAGUGACUGUGUAAAAUGCAAGGAGCUACUGGAUGUGAAACAUCAGGGGCGUUGUGUAGCCAGCUGUGGUCCAGGAUUCUUUGAACAGAAUGGAACUUGUGCAGCCUGUGAUUCUUCGUGCCAGACAUGCUCUUUAUACAACAGAAGAUGUGUAACUUGUGCCAAAGGCAGAAUGUUUCACCACGGCAAAUGUGUCCUGCAAUGUCCGGCUGGCUAUUUUUCCUACUCUGAUGCAGUGUGUACAGCUUGUCACAAAGAAUGUGCAUCAUGUUCCGGACCACUAGCCAACCAAUGCACCUCCUGCUCCUCUCCACUGGCCUUGCUGAAAGGACAAUGUAUCAGCAAUUGUGGCAUAGGAUAUUAUUUUGAUGGAACGGUCUGCAGUGCUUGCCAUCCAUCUUGUCGUAGCUGCCUGGGCCCAGAGGACUCCCACUGCACACAGUGUAUAAAACCAGAGGACUGGCUCCAGGCAGUUAAGGAGUACAGAGGAAUGCCUUAUGGGACAUGUCAGACUCAUUGCAAGCCUCAUUUUUUUGUGGACAGUACCGGAAUAUGCCAGGAAUGCCACUUAUCAUGUAAAAGUUGCAGCGGAAGAAAUAAUUUAAAUUGUACUGGCUGCUCUACUCCAAAUGUUCUGCACUAUGGGGCAUGUUUGCCACUCUGCCCUGAGGGAUUCUAUAACAAGGAUACAGUUUGUCAUGCAUGCCACCCAUCGUGUAAGGAGUGCAGUGGUCCUUCCGAUGCUGAAUGUCUAACUUGCCACCCUCAUGCUAGUCUUAUUGCUGGUAGCUGCAAAACCUCAUGCUCUGAUGGACAGUACCUUAACCUAGUAGGUUAUUGUGUUGAUUGUCAUCCACAGUGUCAGUACUGUGUUGCCAAUUUACAUGAUACAGGCAGUGUGUGUUUAAAAUGCCAGUACUCCAGAUAUUACUUUCUUGGAGACCGCUGCCUUCCAGAAUGUCAUGCUGGGUUUUACGUAGAAGGAAGAAACUGUAAAGGUUGCCACCUGUCUUGUAGAACCUGCAGUGGUCCAGGUUUAAACUCGUGUACUUCCUGUGAGGACGGUCUUGUUUUGUCUCACAAUGGCAUGUGUUCUCAGAUGUGCGCUCAAGGAUACUACCAGGAUGGAAAUAUAUGCAAAGCUUGUAACAGCCAAUGUUUAAGUUGCAAUUCAGCAGAGGGAUGUUCUGAAUGUAAAGACCCAAACAAAGUUUUGCUGUUUGGAGAAUGCCAAUAUGAAAGCUGCACACAGCAGUAUUAUCUUGACUACAGUAACAGAACGUGCAAAGAGUGUGACUGGAGCUGCAAUGCCUGCAAAGGCCCUUUGAACACUGAUUGCCUGCAGUGUAUGGAGCACUAUGUCCUUUAUAAUGGAGCUUGUGUCGAGCAUUGUCCAUCUUCCCACUACAAGCACGGGGACACGUGCAGAGAGUGUGGAGAGCACUGCCUGUUCUGUACUGAUUCCAGUCAUUGUAAUCAGUGUGAAGUACCAUUCUACCUGCUUAAUGGACAGUGUGUUACUGAAUGUGGAAAGCACCAUCUCGUGUCACACUCUGAUCACAGAUGCCUUGCCUGUCCUUCUGGAUGUCUUGAAUGUGAUCGCUCACAGCAAUGUACAAUCUGUGACAGCCAGACAUUUUUAAAGAACCACCACUGUGUUCCUCACUGUGGAAAUAGUUUUCUAGGAAAUUCUCGGACCAGAAGGUGUGAAGUUAACAUUCAUCACCCAGUGCUCCUUGUGCACGGAUCAUUUACGGUUGGUAUUGGGGCAGUGAGGCCACUGGAUUUCUCCUUUAUGAGUGUAAAAGAUGUGGACACUGAAGAGGUCAGUCUUACCUUUCAUGUUGUGAACGCUCCAACCAAUGGCCGUCUUGUGAAAAUAUUACAUGGCAAGGAGGUUCAUCUUAUCAAAGACACACACUUUAGCUGGAAGGAUCUGAUUGAGCAAAGAGUGAGGUUCAAGCACAGCAAAGAGAAGUCAAGGAGUGGCUUCUUCACCUUAAAAGUCAGCGAUGGUCAGCUCUACUCACAACCAAAAGCCAUCAAUGUGCAAGCAGUGUCAACAAAGGCACCGUACAUCCUAAGGAAGGAAACUCUGCUAGUUGGCAGGGGAGAAAUUGGAGCUCUUACCAAUUCUGUUUUAGACCUGAGAGAUGAUGAUAAUCCUCAAGAUGUUGUAGUUAUUGUUCUCGAGUCUCCUAAACAUGGACAGCUGGUUAUACCACCGGGGAAUACACCCGUCCAUAAGUUCCGGCUCGAUGAUAUUAAAAAUGGAGUGCUCCAUUAUAACCAUGAUGGCUCUGACAGUCAGGGUGACAUCAUUCUCUUUCAGUUUAAUGAUGGGUACUACUUUCAAAAUAUCCUCUUUCAUAUCAAAGUGGCUGAAAAGAUAAAUGGAGGACUUCAACUUGUAUUAAACUCUGCUGUAUGGGUUCCAGAAGGAGGAAUGCUUCAGAUUUCAAAUAGACUUCUGCAGACUAGGGCAUUUGGUGCUGCUGACUCUGAAAUCUUAUACACAAUAACAAAUGAACACCCAAAAUAUGGUGAAGUUGUGCUUUUGGCCCCUAUGUCUGCGGAUGGGCCAGCAGAUAGCUGGCAGCGUUUGCCUGAUGGAAGAUUUGCCACACCAACCACUUCUUUUACACAACAGGACAUCAAUGAGGGCCUGGUAUGGUAUCGGCACUCAGGGCCCCACUCACAAGGAAGAGACUCAUUCAGCUUCCAGAUUUCCAGUGCCACAACAACUCAGGCACCCCAGGAUAGGCACAUGUUUAAUAUUGGCAUUCUGCCAAACCACCCUGGUGCACCACAGCUUUCUCCUGGAGCUUCUCUUCACAUGACUGCCCUUGAAGACCGCAUGACAGUGAUUGGAUCCCAUUUUCUUUCGUUUGUUGAUGCUGAGAGCCCAAGUGAAAAAAUAGUCUAUAAUAUAACUGUCCCCUUACAGUCCAAUGAAGGUACCCUGGAGCACAAAGAGAGACCACGAUCCCCUAUAAGGUACUUUACACAAGCUGAUAUCAAUCAAGGAAAUAUCAUGUACAGACCUCCAAGAGCAGCACCACACAUGAGAGAGAUUAUGGACUUUUCAUUCACAGGUCUCCCAGAGACUGUCAAUUUCUUCUUUACAGUUUCAGACGGAGAGUUUACUACAGCCGAGAUGCCAUUUACUAUCCAUUUGUUUUCAAAUGAUCAGCAACCUCCGGUGUUCCAGAUCACUGCUCCUUUUCUUGAGGUCACACAAGGAGGAAGAACUCCUAUUGGCAUGCAGCUAACAGUGAGUGACACUGACACUGCCCCAGAAGAUCUCUUGUAUGAACUCGUGGAGUCACCUCGCUAUGGCGUUCUUAUGAAGUCAGAAGAUGGUAUACAAACCCCUAUGAGUGCAGGUGACACAUUUACAUACGAAGAUGUCAACAGAAAUGCAUUACAGUAUGUACACGAUGGUUCCGCAACUACAGAAGACAGCAUGGAGAUAGCAGUCACUGAUGGUGUUACCUCCACCACAACUCUUGUGAAAAUUGUUGUAUCGUUGGCAAAUGAUAAUGGGCCUCAUCUUGUCCCUGGGUGUCUGUUGUCCAUCACUGUGGCUAGCAAAAGUUCUGUCAUCAUCACAAGGACAAACCUUGCUUACAUGGAUAAAAACUCUCACGAUUCCAAAAUCCGAAUCCAGUUGAUUUCUCUUCCAAUGUAUGGUGUUCUUACGAAGGCUAAGUCAGGACAAGCAACAGAAGAGCUUUCAGAGUUCUCCUUUUUUACCAUGGAGGAUAUCAACAACAGAAAGAUCAAGUAUUCUACAAUUACAGAAACAGAUGACCAGGCGCUUACUGACUUCUUCCAUUUCACUGUCUACAAUGCGGAAAAUGACCGUCUGGACAAUCAGAUCUUUACAAUUAUUAUUACAGCUGUUGAAAGAAAUCUUCCUAUCAUUAGUUCUAGAGAGCUGAUCUCUUUUAGUACCCUGAAGGUGGAAGAAGGAGGGCGAAUUCUUCUGUCAUCACGUGACUUGUUGCCCCUAGACCCUGUAACAUUAGGACCUCGACUCAGGAUUCAUAUAGUCACUGGUCCGAAGUUUGGCUAUCUUGAGAACAUCAAAAAUGGGGGUCGAACUUCUCUGGGAGGUCAGAUGGGCUCAGACUCUUCAUUUCCAGUUCAGGAUAUCAUAGAAAACUAUAUCUAUUAUGUGCAGAGUGUCCAUGACAGUGUGGAGCCAAGUAUUGACUACUUUAGUUUCUUUAUGACAGAUGGAAGCAGCCAGUCUGAGGUUCACAAUGUCACCAUUACUAUAGAGGGCAAAAAUGAUGAACCUCCACAGAUAUUUUUACUGCCUGUAAGUGUUCAGGAUAAUGCAGGAGCUGUAAUAAGGAACACUUGCCUAAGUGUUCAAGACAUAGAUACACCAGAUAAUGAGCUGAUUUUCAUUGUGACUACAACACCUCUACAUGGGCACUUACGAAGGAGGCAGUUCUACUCCGAACCACUGGAUAAUGGCCGCAUCCUGUCUCAAGGUUCCUCCUUUACUUACCAGGAUGUGCUGGAUGAGCUGAUUGUAUAUAUACCAGAGAGUAGAGCAACACAUUCAGAUGAAUUUAGGUUCUCUCUCUCAGAUGGCCGAUACACUGAGAGUGGAAGACUGCAGUUUACUAUUGAGCCACAGAGGAAGGCAUCGCCAAGGAUGGCAGUAAACAGAGGCUUGCAGAUCUCAGCAGGUUCUACAGCUACUAUAACUGAGAAGAAUUUAAAGGGAACUGACAUAGAUUCAGACUCUGCAAAACUGCGAUAUGACAUUAAGAAAGACCCAGCUGUGGGACAACUGCUGAUAUCAAAGAACAGUAAUCUGCUGCCCAUUUCUGUAAAGGGACCAAUCACCAGCUUUACUCAGUCCGAUAUUAAUAAAGGAUACGUUCAGUACAAGCACAAGAAAGGAGAAUCAGGGGGAAGCUUUGCUUUAAAAUUUGAUGUGGUUGAUACAGAAGAUAAUGCACUGAUAGACCAGUCUUUCUAUAUAAGCAUAUUGGAGGACAGACAGCCGCCAUCAAUUACUGCCAACAAAGGUCUUACCUUGGACGAAAACUCCUGGAAGAAAAUCACCACACAGCAACUGUCAGCCACAGAUCAGGACAGCAAACCUAGAGAGCUUCUGUUUCACAUCACUAGACAGCCUAGUCUGGGCCGCUUGGAGCACGUGGGUUCCCCAGGUAUAAAAAUUAGCAGCUUCAGCCAGGCGGACCUGGAAUCACGAAGCAUCCAGUAUAUUCACACUAGCACCGAGGAGAAACAUGCAGAUGAUUUCACCUUCACUGUCUCAGAUGGAGUCAAUGAGGUGUCACAAACAUUUUACAUCACCAUCAAUAAAGUAGAUGACUCAUUGCCUGUAGUCCAGAAUUCAGGAAUGAGGGUACAAGAGGGCGUCCGGAAGACUAUCACAGAGUUUGAGUUGAAAGCCGUUGAUGCUGAUACUGAGGCAGAAUCAGUCAUAUUCACCAUUGUCCAGCCACCUCGAUAUGGUGUGAUUGAACGAAGCACCAAUGGACAGAGCUACCGCAAGGCCUCCACUUUCACAAUGGAUGACAUUUAUCAGAAUCGUAUCAGUUACAACCAUGAUGGAAGUAAUACUCUUAAGGACAGAUUCUCUUUUACUGUGUCGGAUGGAACCAACCCAUUCUUCAUUGUAGAGGAGGGAGGAAAGGAAAUAGUAACAGCAGCUCCUCAGAGAUUUAAAGUUGAUAUCCUCCCCGUGGAUGAUGGGACACCUAGAAUUGUCACCAAUCUGGGUCUCCAGUGGCUGGAGUACAUGGAUGGCAAGGCUUCUAAUUAUAUUACAAAGAAGGAAUUGAUGACAAUAGAUCCAGACACAGAUGACAAACAACUUAUUUAUGACAUUUUAAGUGGACCUACCCAUGGAUAUUUGGAGAACAAGCUAAAGCCUGGUGCUACCCUCUCAUCCUUUACACAAGAGGAAAUAAACCUUGGCUUGAUCCGUUAUAUUCUGCAUGAAGAGAAGUACAAGGAAACCAUGGAUAAUUUCAAGUUUCUUGUGAAGGACAGUAAACCAAAUGUGGUCAGUGACAAUAUGUUCCACAUCCAGUGGUCUCUGAUAAGCUUCAGUCAUAUAAGUUACAACGUGAGUGAAAAGGCGGGAUCCAUCAGUGUGACUGUAAAGAGGACUGGGAACCUGAACCAGUAUGCUAUAGUACUGUGCCGCACAGAACAGGGCACUGCCACAUCCAGCUCCAGUGUGGGCUCCCGACCCGGACAGCAGGAUUAUGUGGAAUAUGCAGGCCAGGUGCAAUUUGAUGAGCGAGAGGACAGCAAGGCCUGCACCAUUAUCAUCAGCGAUGACCAGGUUUACGAGGGCAUUGAACGUUUCACAGUGGAACUAAGUAUGCCAGCCUAUGCACUUCUGGGACAGAUCACUAAAGCCACUGUUAACAUUAAUGACACAGAGGACGUGCCCACUCUACAGUUUGAUAAGAAGAUAUAUCGGGCCAGUGAGAGUGCAAAUGUCCUGUCUGCGCCUAUUGAGAGGAAAGGUGACCCUGGGAGUGUUGUUUCCGCUAUUUGCUACACAAUACCAAAAUCAGCUAAGGGGAGCAGUCUUUAUGCUCUUGAAUCGGGCUCAGACUUUAAAUCUAGGGCGAUGUCCAGCGAAAACCGUGUCAUUUUUGGGCCUGGAGUCACAAUGUCCACAUGUGAUGUCAAAGUGAUUGAUGACAGUGAAUAUGAAGAUGAGGAAGAAUUUGAGAUAGCCCUUGCUGAUACGUCUGACAAUGCCAGAAUUGGCAGUAAUGCUGCAGCCAGAGUUGUGAUCGAAGGACCAAAUGAUGCUUCGACAGUCUCAUUAGGAAAUGCCACCUUUACUGUUAGUGAAGACACAGGGUCUAUUGAGAUACCUGUUCUCCGAAGUGGACCUGACCUUUCAGUGCCAACAUCAGUAUGGUGCGCCACUCGCCUUUCAGAUCCACCUUCUGCUACUCCAGGGAUUGAUUAUAUCCCUAGCUCCAAAAAAAUUGAAUUUAGACCUGGUAAAACAGUAGAGCAUUGCACUCUGACAAUCCUUGAUGACACACAGCAUCCAGUUAUGGAAGGACUGGAAACCUUCAUUGUAUUUUUAAGUUCUGCACAAGGGGCUGAACUUAUCAAACCAUUUGAAGCCACCGUUACCAUUAACGAUACCUUUCAGGAUGUCCCUAGCAUGCAAUUCAGUAAGGAUGUAUUGACAGUGAAGGAAAAGGAUGGAUUGCUUCAUGUUCCUAUUAUACGUACUGGGGAUCUCAGUUAUGAAUCUUCAGUGCGUUGUUACACACAGUCUCAGUCUGCACAAGUGAUGGAUGACUUUGAAGAGAGAAGGAAUUCUGAUGAUUCCCGUAUUACAUUUCUUAAAGGAGAAAAAGUGAAAAAUUGCACAAUUUUUAUCAAUGAUGACUCAGUGUUUGAGCCAGAGGAACAGUUUAAGAUUUAUCUUGGCAAUCCACUUGGCAGUCAUUGGAGUGGAGCCAGGGUUGGGAAGAUUGAUGUUGCCACCAUUACUAUCUCCAAUGAUGAAGACGCACCAACUAUAGAAUUUGAAGAGUCUACUUAUCAGAUCCGAGAGCCUCAGGAGCCAGAUGGUGUGGCUACUUUGAACAUCAAAGUAAUCAGAAGAGGAGACCAGAAUAGAACAUCUAAGGUCCGCUGCAGCACACGAGAUGGAUCUGCUCAGUCAGGCGUUGAUUACUAUCCAAAAAGCCAGGUUCUUAAAUUCAGUCCUGGUGUUGACCACAUCUUUUUUAAGGUGGAGAUCCUGUCAAAUGAGGACAGGGAAUGGCAUGAGUCCUUUUCAGUGGUUCUUGGACCAGAUGACCCAGUUGAGGCCAUUCUUGGUGAUAUCACAACUGCAACAGUAACAAUUCUGGAUCAAGAGGCGGCAGGAAGUCUGAUAUUGCCAUCGCCACCUAUAGUGGUCUCUUUGGCUGACUAUGACCAUGUGGAGGAAGUCACCAAAGAAGGUUCGAAGAAAUCCCCAUCUCCUGGGUACCCAUUGCUAUGUGUCACACCAUGUGACCCCCACUUUCCUAAACACUCCAUAAUGAGGGAGCGAUGUGAGGAGGCCGGCAUCAACCAGUCAACUAUCAUGUUCAGCUGGGAAGUGGCAGCGCCCACUGACUCCAGUGGAGCCCGGUCUCCCUUUGAGACAAUAACUGAUACUACCCCUUUCACUAGUGUCAAUCACAUGGUGCUGGAUAGCAUUUAUUUUAGCAGGCGAUUUCAUGUACGCUGUGUAGCCAAAGCUGUAGAUAAAGCUGGACAUGUGGGCACACCACUGAGAAGCAAUAUUGUGACUAUAGGAACUGACAGUGCCAUCUGCCAUACUCCAGUAGUAGCAGGCACGGCUAGAGGAUUCCAGGCCCAGUCUUUUAUCGCUACUUUGAAAUAUUUGGAUGUCAAACAUAAAGAACAUCCCAACAGAAUUCACAUCUCAGUUCAGAUACCACACCAAGAUGGCAUGCUACCGCUCAUCUCUACUAUGCCUCUGCAUAACCUGCACUUUCUCCUCUCUGAGUCUGUUUAUCGCCACCAGCAUGUGUGCUCCAACCUUGUCACCAUCCGUGACUUGAGAGGCAUUUCAGAGGCAGGAUUCUUGGAUGAGGUGACAUAUGACAGCAUCGCUGUGGGUCCUGGCUAUGAUAGACCGUACCAGUUUGACCCUAACGUGAGAGAGCCAAAGACUGUGCAACUAUACAAACACCUUAACCUGAAGAGUUGUAUUUGGACCUUUGAUGCAUAUUAUGACAUGACUGAACUCAUUGACGUCUGCGGUGGUGCUGUAACAGCUGACUUUCAGGUGAGAGACUCGGCCCAGUCCUUCUUAACUGUUCACGUCCCCCUCUAUGUAUCGUACAUAUAUGUGACUGCACCCAGAGGAUGGGCAUCAUUGGAGCACCACACAGAGAUGGAAUUCUCAUUCUUCUAUGACACAGUCCUCUGGAGAACUGGUAUACAGACGGAUAGUGUCCUGUCUGCCAGGCUCCAGAUCAUUCGCAUAUAUAUCCGUGAAGAUGGACGUUUGGUCAUAGAGUUUAAAACUCAUGCUAAAUUCAGAGGUCAGUUUGUCAUGGAGCAUCACACAUUACCAGACAUGAAAUCUCGUAUAAUUGCACCAGAUCAUUUGGGUGGCAUUGAGUUUGACCUUCAGCACUUGUGGAGUGCCCAGACUUUUGACUCUCCAUAUCAGUUGUGGAGAGCAACCAGCUCAUACAGCAGGAAGGACUACUCAGGAGAGUAUACCAUCUAUCUCAUCCCUUGCACAGUACAGCCCACCCAGCCUUGGGUGGACCCUGGAGAUAAACCUCUGGCCUGCACAGCCCAUGCUCCUGAAAGGUUUCUCAUUCCAAUUGCAUUCCAACAAACCAAUCGCCCAGUCCCAGUAGUGUAUUCAUUAAACACUGAAUUCCAGUUGUGCAACAAUGAAAAGAUCUUCUUGAUGGACCCAACCAAGACUGAAAUGUCCCUGGCCGAGAUGGAUUAUAAGGGGGCCUUUUCCAAAGGUCAAACACUAUAUGGAAGAGUACUGUGGAAUCCUGACCAGAACCUCAAUUCUGCCUACAAGCUGCAGCUGGAGAAGGUCUACCUUUGCACUGGGAAGGAUGGAUAUGUACCUUUCUUUGACCCAACUGGAACUAUUUAUAAUGAAGGGCCUCAGUAUGGUUGUAUUCAGCCUAAUAAAAACUUGAAGCACCGCUUUUUGAUCUUGGACCGACAUCAGCCGGAAGUUACUGAUAAAUACUUCCAUGAUGUUCCGUUUGAUGCUGGCUUUGCUACAGAUCAACCAGAUUUUCAUGCUAUGAGUGGAUUGCCAGGAGUAGACGGGUUCACUAUGAAAGUUGAUGCUCUGUAUAAGGUUGAAACAGGGCAUCAGUGGUACCUUCAAGUGAUCUAUAUUAUUGGACCAGAGACAAUGGCAGGUCCCAGAGUGCAGAGAUCUCUAACCUACCAGCUGAGACGUGGACGCAGGGAUCUAGUAGACAAGAAUGGGCGGCUAACCUUAGAUGACUCUUUGAUCUAUGACAAUGAAGGAGAUCAAGUUAAGAAUGGCACAAACAUGAAGACUUUGAAUUUAGAAGUGGAAACGGCUGCUACAGCUGCAUCACAAACAGGCGCAUCUAUUGGAAGUGCCUUCGCAGCCAUUAUGUUGUUGAUGCUUGUUCUCUUGUCUGUCUGCCUCAUAGCACAGAAAUGCAGGAGGAAUAGGAAAAAGAAGCCACCGAAGGAUGCCACAGAGGAAUAUCCACUAAACACCAAAGUGGAUGCUUCAAGGAAAAAUAUAGAGCGUGUAGAAAAGAACUUGAACAAACAGCACUGUACUGUCAGGAACAUCAACCUUCUCAAUGAAAGUAAAGAUACCUACGAGGUCAAAGGGGUCAAGAUCAAGCAGAUGAACUUUGAAGUGAAAGUUCACAAUAACUUACAUGAUGGGACAGAAGUUUGAUGUUACAUGAGCUAGCACAACAAUAUAUUUUGAUUAAAAAAAAAAUCUGCUCUUUUAUAAGGAUUAAACAAGAGAAUGGAGUACCAGUAUUUUUCUAUUCUUAGUGAAAAGGGAAAGUAUAGCGUGAUGAACGGAUGUGCAGUAUGUACCUUGACUCACAACUGAGCUACCUCGAUAAGCCCACGGGUGUGUGAGAUAUCAGGGGCAGAACGUGACAAAUGUUUUGUCCUUUUCCCCGAGUGAUGCACUGCACAUAUAAAACACUGCCACCAAAGGUCAAUCACAUGUCAUUGUAUUCUACUUAAUAGCUUUAUCUGCACUGUAUUCAUUUUAUAGCAAGCCAUCCAACCACUGAACACAUUAUUUGAUGUUUUUUGUUAUGUCAUUAUUGUAUACCGUUAAGGUCUUUGUCUCUAGGAUGCAAAUAUUUUCCAUAUGCCAUUUUUUAACUUUUUUUUUUUUUGAUACUU